UGUCACUGGAGCUGCAAGGAACGGGCAGGAAGUGAUCGAGUGCAGUUGAGUAAUGGAGCCGGUGGCUGGGAUAUUAGAAGGGGAGGAUUUGCAGUCGGGAAACUGAAACCAAACAUCACAUUAGAAUCUGAUGGAGUCUCUCAAUUUAUCAGGACGGGAAUGUCAUUAGCCUUGGAACAUGGAAGGAAAAAGCACCGUUCACGCUGGUGAGAAACCCUAUAAAUGUGGGGACUGUGGGAAGGGGUUCAAUUACUCGUCUCAGUUGGAAAUUCAUCGGCGGAGUCACACUGGGGAGCGGCCGUUUACCUGCUCUGAGUGUGGGAAGGGAUUCACUCAGUCAUCCAACCUGCUGCAACACCAACGAGUUCACACUGGGGAGAGGCCAUUCAGGUGCUCUCACUGCGGGACUGGCUUCAGGCGAUCGGGUGACCUCACCACACACCAGCGAGUUCACACCAGGGAGCGGUUGUUCACCUGCUCCGUGUGUGGGCAGGGAUUCAAUCAUUUUUCUGUCCUGUGGACACACCAACAAGUUCACACCGACGAGGGAGAGUUUAAAUGCUGUAACUGUGAAAAGAGCUUUAAAAGCCCAUGUUCACUGAUGGAACACCAGCGCAUUCACACCAGUUCCACGCCAUUCAGCUGCUCUGAGUGUGGGAAGAGGUUCAGGGGAUCCUCCACCCUGCUGAAACACCAAUGCACUCACAUUGGGGAGAGGCCGUUCAGCUGCUCUGAGUGUGGGAGGAGAUUCACUCGGUCAUCCAAUCUAUUGAGGCAUUGGCAUGUUCACUCAGACGAGAGACCUUUUAAAUGUCCAGACUGUGGGAAGUGCUUUAAAAGGUCUGAGAAACUGACGUCCCAUCAACGUGUUCACACUGACGAGAGACCGUUCACGUGUUCUCACUGCCGGACUGGGUUCAGGCGAGCAGGUGACCUCACUGCACACCAGCGAGUUCACUCUGGGGAGAGACCGUUCACCUGCUUGGAGUGUGGGAAGGAAUUCACUCGUUUAUCUCAUCUCACUACACAUCACCUUGUUCACACAGAUACGAGACCUUUUCAAUGUUCUGACUGUGAGAAGCACUUCAAAAUCAGAAAUGAUCUGGUGAAACAUCAGCAAAUUCACACUGGGGAGAGGCCAUUCACCUGCUCUGUGUGUGAGAAGAGAUUCACUCGUUCAUCCAACCUGCUGAAACAUCAGCGAAUUCACAAGUGAUUACAGGGGUUGGAUUCUGCUGUUGUUGCUGCUGUUAAUCACAUCCUGGACUAAACCAUGUCCAUUCUGACAGUUGGGGUUGAUCUCUAAUGUCAGUUGCCCAGUUUAGGCUUAGCGUGUACCUGCAUCGUCUCUCAAUCAUAUGUGAAUAAACCAUCAUGUCUGCAAACCUCGUUUUCAAUGUAAAUCACUCAGAAACUGUCUUGAACUAAAGAUGAACAAUAAACAGAUCACAGUCCUGCAGCUCUAUAUUGACGGGAGAAAUUCUGUUCUGUAACUCGAGGAUGAGGCUCGGUAAGCUCUGAAUGUUUGUAAUCACAAGUAGGCUCGAGCUGUUUGUGAGACGGGCUGAUCAAAGCUGUUAAUUUGUCAGAUAUUGAAGGAAUUACUCUGAAAAUAAACUCACCAAUUUAUAACCUCA